GGCCGAUCCUCGAUGAGACCCUGAGUGGGGCCGUGGGGUUGCAGUGUUCGCUUCGCAGUAGUUGGCGGCUGAACAAAGCCCCUUGUGCUUUGCAUGGCUGAGUUGGUUGAUUUUUAUCGCACGAUGGACGAUGGCCCAUGCCCACAAUUGGCAGCUAAAGGUAAGCCACAACCCUGCAAGCAAGAGGGGACACGGAACGGAGACUUGUCAGUCGAGGCCCAGAACUACUGAGAUGACCAGGAAUACGGGGCUAUUGGAUUUUUUUCUCUAUCUUGCCGCCAACCAUCGGUGAGUGGGACGUCGUGCGCCCAAGGCUUAGGCCGCGCUCCGUCGGUGAUGCAACCUCAUGUCGCGCGGCCACCCCUACGCGACCAGGAUUAGCAGCCGUCAGAUCCAUCUUUCUAAGCUUAGCAUGCCAGGCUAGAACCUGAAUACGGCGGCUAGUGGAAAUUUAGAACAAUACGCGUGUGCUGACCUGCGGUGGGUGCGCUGUUCGCUAUAAAGACCAAGACAGGACCCGUCUUGACAACUAUGGCGGACUCGUAUCUGCUAUUCGAAGGAAAUUCUGGAAUUGUUCCCAUCUACAAUUCAAAUCUUCAUCAUGCAUAGCUCAAUUGGCCUGCUCACGGCCACCGCCCUCUUGGCUGGCGUCUCUGCUGCUGUCACCACUACUCUUGGCAGCAAAGUGCUCAUCCUCGCUCGCUCUGACGCCGACGUUGCCAGCACCAGCCCUGGUCUCGACGGCUACGGCAUCCCCUGGGAGGCUGUCCUUGUCCCCAAGGCCGGUGUUAGCCUCCCCCAGCUCAACUCGACCGUCACUGACGGUAACUAUGCUGCCAUCAUCACUGUGUCUGGUCUCAUCUACGACUACGGCACCGACAAGGCCAGCAACUACCACAGUGCUCUCACCCCAGACCAGUGGAACCAGCUCUACGCCUACCAAGAUGCUUUCCGCGUUCGCAUGGUCCGCGUGGAUGAGUUUCCCAGCGCCGACUUUGGUACUACCACAUACAACAGCAAUGGCAACGGCUGCUGCAAGGACGGCGUCAACGCCGGCAUGAGCCUUGUCAACACUGCUGCUAUUCCCGCCGCCGGUCUUAAGGACAAUGCUCCUGUCAACAUGGACGGUCUGUACCACUACCAGGCCAAGAUUACAAACACUACCACCACAACCGCCUGGGCCAUGUUUGAGCCUGCUGGUGGCAUCAACACCAGAACUGUCGGCGCUGUUGUCAACAAGGUCAACAACCGCGAGACUCUGGUCUGGUUCACCUCGCUCGCCUCGGAGUGGUCUCUUGCUUCCAGCUACCUCCAGCACUCUUACAUUCACUGGAUGACUCGUAGUCUGUUUGUCGGCAAGCGUAAGCUUUACCUGACUCCCCAGGUCGAUGACCUGCAGCUCUACACCACCAUGUUCGAGCCCAAGAACAAGGAGUUCAAGAUUGAUACCAAGGAUCUUGAUGUCAUCGUCUCGUGGCAAAAGGAUAUCAACAAACGUAUGCCUCCUGGCUCCGACUUCCGCCUCGAGUUCGGCCACAACGGUAACGGCAACAUUGAGGCUGCUGCCGACAACAAACAGGCCGACAAGUACUGCAACCCUCAGGAUGCCGUCGAGUACCCGGACCAAAUUGAUACCGCUGUAGAGUUCGUUAAGCCUAUGGGUACCGGUACCGACAUCUGGCCUCCCAAGUACGUCAAGUACGGCUGGAGCGACGCCUGCAGCAAGCUCGACCCCUUUGCCAACUGGUUCCGCAACCCCGACAACCUCAACGCCUUUGGCCACAUCUCCCACACCUUUACACACGAGGGAUUGAACAACGCCACCUACUACGAUACUGCCCGUGAGAUCCAGUUCAACCAGGCCUGGAUGGCUCAGAUGGGUAUUGACAAGGCUAUCCGCUUCACCGCCGAUGGUAUUAUCCCCCCUGCCAUUACUGGCAUGCACAAUGGCGAUGCCAUCCGCGCCUGGAUGGACAACGGCAUCAAGUAUGUCGUCGGUGACAACACCCGCCCUGUUCUCCGCAACUCCAUUAGCAAAUACUGGCCUCUUCAGAGCACUGUUGAGACCAACGGCUACGCUGGUCUCUGGAUUAUGCCUCGUUUCUCGACCGAGAUGUAUUUUGACUGCGCUACCUCUAGCUGCGUGCUCCACCAGUACACCAAGAUCACCAAGCUUACCCGCAACUACGCCCAGUACCAAGAUCUUAUCCGCUCGACCAACGUUCAGUACCUCCUGAACCUCCAAGCCGACCCCUACAUGUUCCAUCAGGCCAACAUGCGCAGCAUUGACCAGCCUACCAUCACUGUGGGUAACCAGACUGGCAAGCUGUCGCUUCUCCAGACUUGGGUUGAGGUUGUUGUCCAGGAGCUCAUGCGCCUGACCACCUGGCCCAUGGUGUCGCAGACUCACGAUGAGUUCUCGCACUACUUCUUGGACCGUAUGACGCUUGACAACUGCAAGCCUAGCGCACGAUACACCUUUGCUGCUGACGGCAAGACCAUUACUGCCGUCACCGUCAGCUCCAAGGACAACUCGUGCCCAGUCCCUGUUGCCGUCACCAUCCCCGACGGUACCGUCGCCACGGGCGCCGAUGACCACACCAAGAUCGACAAGGUUGCUAACGAGCCUCCUAUCGUCUGGGUUACUCUCGCCGGCAAGCCCGUGACUCUGCAGCUCAACAAGCCCGUCACUGUCUAAGCCAACAACACAACGCGAUUGGACUUGACUUCAAAAUCAAAACCAAAUUGUAUAUAUAUAAUAUGUAAUGCCAUGUACGCCCUUACGAUAAAUAUAUAAUAGAACAUCCAUUAUCAAAAAAAAAGGUCUCGCUAUUCCGCUACAGUGUACAAAAAAGGGUAUCAAAAAUGGUUUAACUAGCCUCGUGGACGUGGCUCAUGGUCCGCUCGGCCUUGAUGUCCGCCAACUCACUAAGAGCUUGCGCUUCCUGCGCUAGCCGCCGUUGGUUCUUACGUCUGACAACAAACGUCAAGACGGCGGCCCAGAUAAUUAGCGCUAUGGCACAUGCAAUCAUGGCCCAUGCGCCGCGCUAGAAAAGUCGAGAAGUCAGCCAAUGCAACGGUUAACCUGAACCAACUAAGGCGAGUAAGACUUACCGUAAACCAGGGCGCUAGGUCGUUGCUGUAGAAUAUAAUGCUCCACCACGCAUUGACGGCGUUGUUGCCAAGAUUCAUACCGGCGAGGACGACGCCGCGGAAGACGGGAUCCUCGUAGCGCAUGGCGUCGUUGCACCAAGCGAAAAAGGUAGCCUGGCACGCAUACACGGACCCGGCCCAGUAGUAGGCCGCCAUCACAGUAUCAUUGGACCAUGCCUCGAGCGGCGACUUGCCCGCCACAAGAAGCAUAAUGGACGUUGCGAUGCCCGUCAGGCCGAUCCAGUAUGCGACCAGAUAUCGCUUGCCGCCGAGGAAGUCGGUCAGCGUCGCCCAGAAGAGCGUUGAGGCAAUGCCAACAGCAGCCACUCCCGUGUUGUAGUUGUUAAUCUGGCCCUUGGAGUAGUGAAAGGCUGUUGAGACAGGCUUGCUGCCCAGGUACAGCAGCAGAAGCGAGUUGCUACCAAACGACUCGGUCUCGCCUGCAAUUACCCAGAGGAUGACGAAUCCCCACCAGUACCAAGAUGUGAGGACCUUUUUCACAAAGGCCAGUGUAAUUGGUGACCCCUUUUCAGCGAUGGGUACUCUCUCCCGCGCAAGCCGGCGCUCGUCUUCAGAGAGGUACAUUCCCUGGAAGAAGCGGAUGGCCAUGAUGGCGUGUGGGCUGUGCACUGAUGCUGUCACCAUAGUGAGCCCGCCCCAGAGGAUCAUCAUGAGCGGGAACCAGAUGCGCGGCUUGACGUAGUGCAGGGACAGGUUGGAAGGGAUCUGGCCGAGCACAUAGCCAACGGUAAAACAGGUGUUGAUGACACUGAGCUGGUUGCCUACGAAGCCCAGGUCUUCCUUCAUGCCGGUGACGUAGGCAUUGGCGAGGUUGGAUCUGUC